AAAUCUCAUUGUCCCUUGACUCAAGUGGAGUGUAAGAUUUAUCUUCACCAUGAAAAGUUUCCUUCUGUUCAUCUGUUGUUUAAUGGUAAUUGAUGUAGUGGUAGAAAGCAAAGAUGGUUACCCGAUGGAUAACAAAGGCUGCAAAGUUUGGUGCGUGAUCAACAGCAAAUCGUGCGACAACACGUGCAAAGCAAUGAAGGGAAAGAGCGGCUAUUGCUAUUUUCUCGGUCUGGCGUGUUGGUGCGAAGGUCUUCCAUCGAAUGCCAAAGUCUGGGAGAAAGCUACUAACAAGUGCGGCAAAAAGUAAAGAGGAGCCAUUGAUUUGUAUCGAAGAACUGUUGGUUCUAUGUAACUUAAUGCUUACUAAACGAAAAAAUAAA